AUGGCUGUUACUACCACCACUACCAAGACGGCGACACCAAAGACGGCAAGCGCCGCCGGCGUCAAGAAGACUGCUCCCAAGGGCGGUCGCGCGGGAAAGAAGAACAACGCCAGAAACGCCAUGGCCAAGAUGCAAGCAUACUUCAAGGCUCACCGCGACGAGUACAAGGACUUGUCUUUCAAGGAGCAACAGCAAGAGCUCGGCAAGAAGUGGAAAGCCUCUCCUGAAAACCCCAAGAACAGCGCUUGA